AUGUGGAACUUGGGAUCUGAGCCUGGCAGUGACAGGCAGCUGCCCCGGAAACACUGCCCAAAGCCACUCAGGGGCUCCAUGUUGCCCUUGUGGUGGAAAAUUAUACACAGGUCCUGCUGGAAGCUGCAGGUGUUGGCCUCAGAGCUCAGCCUGGCUGCCUUUAUCCUGCUGCUGGUCAUGGUCUUCUCCAAGAGUUGGCUGUGCCUCUCCAGGAGCUGUUUCUACCAGCGCUGGCCUGCAGACAUUAGCUCCAGGAUCUACAUGUCGUCUCACAUCAUGUCCAUGGGGCUCCUGCACAACUGCGAUCUGAAGAGCUGCUCCCACCCAGAGAAUGGGAAAGACAGUUUUAAGCUGUGGACAAAUCACCUGUUCUUUGGGGUGGCCAAGAUAACCUCUGUGGCCCUGGGGCUGGGCUUGGUUUUCACCAUCUGGCUGCACCUGCCAUACCUACCUGGCCUUCAGAGAUUGUCCUACUGUAGCUGGGUUGGACCUGUCAUGAGCUUCUGUGAAGUUAUUGUUAUUUUCUUCACCCUCAUGUUGUUCCCUAUUAACCUCUGGAUAUUCGAGUUGAAGAAGAACAUGUCAGUACCCAUUGGCUGGAGCUAUUUUGUUGGUUGGUUGGUGUUUGUCCUAUAUGUCACCUGUGGGCUCCUUUGUUACUUUAACCAUGAACAUUUCUGGAGUCUGAUUAUAAGCCAUCUCUCUGGCAGCAUGUCCUGCAGCUGUGCUUCAGUACAGGACUCUCUGAAGGAGCAGAUUGUCUCAAAGACCUUUGUCAACCAAGAAGACCUGGACUCUGAGCAAGAGAAGGCAUCGUUGUAACCUCUUCUGAACUCCUGGCACCAAGUUGUGUCCAUUCAUCUGAAUCCCUUUCCUCAUACUUUCCCACAACCCUUGAGCUCGUUGAUGCUCAUCACUGUAAGGAAUUAGGAAGGGAGGGUUU